AUGUCCACCGCCAUCGACCGCACCGAUUCCUUUAAGGAUGAGAAAUACCUCGACCCCACGCCUGGCGCGGUCGACGCCAUCGCAGAGGAGAUUGACCCGGUCGCAGAGAGAAAGCUUCUCCGCAAGCUCGAUCUCCAUAUCGCCCCUGUCAUGUGCAUGAUCUUCCUCCUCGCUUACAUUGACCGGUCCAAUAUCGGUAACGCCUCUACUGCCGGAUUAAUCGCGGAUUGUGGGCUGGUCGGCAAUGAGUACAACACCGUCGUGACGCUUUUCUACGUCACAUAUGUCGCUUUCGAAGUGCCUCUUACAGUAUUAUUGAAGAAGUUCCGGCCCUCUCGCUUGAUCACCGGUCUUGUCGUCGGAUGGGGUAUUGUCAUAGUCUGCACCGGUUUCGCCAACUCGUACGCCUCGCUUAUCGUCCUCCGACUGCUCCUCGGUGCUUUUGAGUCCGGUCUCUUCCCUUGUCUUGCCUUGUACCUCUCCAGCUUCUACCGGCGGAAGGAGCAAGCUCGCCGAGUCGCCUACCUGUUCGUCGCCAGUGCGCUGUCCGGCGCGUUCGGCGGUCUGCUCGCAUACGGUAUCCUUCGUAUAGAUGGAGGCGGUAGGAAGCCAUGGCAGUGGCUCUUCAUCAUCGAGGGCAUCAUCACCGUCGUCUUUGGACUGUCUAUCCCCUGGCUUCUCCCCGAUGACUUUGAAAGUGCCCGAUACCUCACCCACGCCGACAAGGAGCUCAUGCGCCUUCGUCAACGAGUCGAGUCGAUCUACGUUGGCAACCAGCACUUUGAGUGGAGCAAAGUCCGCGCGGCCUAUUCGGAUUACAAGCUGUGGAUCAACUGCUUUGCUCAAUUUGGCUCUAACGUCCUGUCAUUCGGGUUCAGUACUUUCCUCCCCAACAUCAUUCGAGCUUUCGGCUUUGACGUUGUCACCACUCAGGUCCUGACUGUCCCAAUCUACUUCUGGGCCGCUGCCGUCUACAUCACUGCUUCAAUUAUCUCUGACAAGAUUGGUCGCCGGAUCAUCUUCAUGAUUCCCCUCGCAUCCGUCACCCUCAUCGGCUACAUCAUCCUCAUCAUUCCCAGCAUCACCAGCCAGGGCGUCCGCGUCUUUGCCCUGCUAUUACAGGCGACCGGUAUUUACUCUAUGGUCGGUCUCAACAUCGUCCUCCUGACCAACUCGCAAGCACCUUACUUCAAGCGCGCCACCGCUAUCGGUACGCAGCAGAUGAUCGGGAACUGCGCUGGCUUCGUCGCUGGUCAGAUCUUCUUGACCACGGAUGCUCCUCGAUACUACCUCGGUGCCAAGGUCUCGCUGGCGUUCACUUGCUUCUGCAUGUGCCUUUACCUCACACAAUACUUGAUUUUCACUCGCCUGAACGCCAAGAGGGAGAAGAUGUCGACAGAGGAGAAGGAGAGACUCAUUGCGGAGGGGGCGGACGGCGAUGCCCACCCCGACUUCAGGUAUCCUCAAUAG